AUGUCAAGUCGAAUCUCUGAUGGAUUUUUCUGUCCCUUGAAGAAAGGGUUCGGAGGUCCUCAGGGGAAACAGACUUUUAUAUCUUUAGAUGGUAAAAAACCUUUGAUUUUAGAUGGAUCUGGCGAUCAUUAUGUAUUUAUUGAUAAAUCAGGGAAAGCAUACGGAUUUGGCAAAAAUGAUAAACAUCAAAUUACAAAAAAUGCGGGUUGCAACAUUUCACUCCCAUUACAAAUAGAUAUAAGCGAAGAUCUUUACGAAAUUGCAUGUGGAAACGGAUUUACAGCCGCAAUUACUAAAACAAACAAAUUAAUAGUUCUGGGAGAUGAAUAUUCCAACAUCAAACCAGAAAAUUUAUCAGGUCCCCGUGGAUUAUCUGCUUUUGGAACAAAAUUAGCUUUUAUCACAGAAACAAAUAACAUAACAAUAUAUACAGACAGUCAGAACUCGAUAAAAAUGACCGCUCCAGGCCAACUAAUUACAUGCAAAAUCAAUUCUUCCGUUGUUAGCGCGAUGACUUCAAAAGGAGAUGUUUAUGUAGGAAAAUACGGCGAACAAAUGAAAUUAAUAGCAAAUGGAAGUUCUCUUUUCUGCAGUUCUGAGAGCAUUCUCGUUGUACAAAAUUCAUUAAAAUUAAUUGUUUAUCAUAAUGGAAUUAUUACAGAAUACUACUUACCAGCUGGUUUUGAAUGCGUCAAUGCUGGUUGCGAGCACGGAGAUGUCUUUAUUUUGGACAUUUCUGGUUCAUUAGCACACGCAUCAAACAAAAACCGCAAUUUUUCAACGAUAUCUAGCAAUUUUGUUAGUCUAUCGUCAAUGCCUAUACAUGGUCCGAUCUCUACAUUCUGUCUUCUUGGAAAAAGAUUCUUAUUUAUCCAAGGACACCCAAUUCAGCCUCUAAAGUCAGGAGUUGCAAUACCAAUACCUCAGGAAACUAAAAUAGAUAUAGGAGAUACAUCAGAUACGUUCCUAGCUUCAGCAAAUGACGUUACAUUUUUCGCAAAUAGAAGAUCUUCAUUCGAUGACGUUUCUUCUGCAUUAAUUCCACUUGGCCAUAUUGGAGAUACAUAUUUUACAAGCUUAAACAGACCAAUUACGUUGGAUUCUUCAGAUGAAUUAUUAUUUUCUGUAAAUUUGUUGGCUGGAGAUGAAGUUACAAUAGGAAAAACUAAAGCCGUUGUUGCAGGAUACGCGUCUGGAUCUCUCUGGGUCAUGCCAGAAGGUCAAAAACGCGUUUAUGCAGUUUGCGACUUUGAAUUAUCUCAAAUACAGGAUUACAUUGUAUUAAAUAAUCGUCCUGGCCAUACUUUACUCGAAUUGAACAUAAAUGGCUCACAAGUUUUCGCGGAUACGACUCGUGAAUUUGUACAAACGUUUGGAUACGCUGUAGGUGACCUUUUAUGGGUUCCUCAAAGAGGCACAUGCGAGUUCCUUGGAGUUUAUGCGAAUAUGCUUGUUAUUCUUGAUAUUUCGACAAGAUACGUUUUUACUCAAGAUCCAAUCAAGUUUAAAGUACUCAGAAGGAAUACAGAUGAACUUCCUCAUACUCGAGAUGUCAUGAAAAUCGAUGGUGAGCGAAUUACCCUCGAUAUCUCAUGUACAGGUAACAGAUUGUUUGUUCCAACGGACAGAGUCAUCACUCCCAUUGGUUUCGCGACUAUUUUAGGAUUUGCAGAUACUUGCUACGUUCAAACUGACGAAAUGAGAAUUAAUGGCUACAAAGCUGCCCCUGUUUCAGCUCUGGAUAUGCAAUUGGUAAGGAGAAUCUCGAUGCCUGCCGAAAGGACAAUCGAAACAGUCGACGGCCACUCAGUUACGGUCUCCUUAGACACGGAAUCAGCAACUGAUGGUAUCAUGGCCGGAGACAUAUUGGCCAUCGGAACAACUUACGCCCGUGCAGUGGGCGUGAACGAAGACGGUUGGUAUGCAAUUUUCAUUGGAGACAACAAAGCAAGGAUAUUACCACCGAGCAACUCCGUGAACAUUGUUUAUAGGUCCGAUUUCAUGGCAACAAGGAACGACGCGCAAGGUUUGCAAGUCGGAUCUCCUGGAAUUGGAGAAUCUCUCAUCCUCCCCGGAGAUAUUGUUGACAUGAAAGGAUUUAACAACUGCGAAUUCAUGGGAUAUAACGAUACAUCAAUGGUUUUCGUUUCUCAUGAAACUGGAGAAUUACUUUCUUUGACAUUUUCAACUGCUUUGCUGCCUGAUCUGUUUACCGUGGUAAAGAGACCAGCAAUGGAAUUUUUAGGAAUGCCGAAAGUUCAACAAGAUAAUAAAUAA